CCGUUGGCUUCUCUUUUCCCCUCCGCUUCGCUCAUACCACAUUCACCCUCAUCUUUUCAUCUUUCACCAUGUCUCAGAAUCCUAGGGAGCAGUGGGAGAGACUCCAGGUUCUCCUGCAGAACCGCGGCGGUUCUCACCUCAAGAGAUUUGGCGGCGGCGGUGGACGCGGCUUCGGAGCUGCUGGCGCCCUGCUUGUCGGUGUUGGAGCUAUCUUCCUGGCCUCUGACUGUCUGUUCAACGUUGACGGUGGUCACCGUGCUAUCAAGUAUUCCCGCUUCGGUGGUGUGCAGAAGGAGAUCUACACUGAAGGAACUCACUUCCGGAUCCCCUGGGUUGAGACUCCGAUUGUCUAUAACGUGCGCGCAAAGCCGCGCAACAUCGCUUCCCUUACCGGUACCAAGGACUUGCAGAUGGUGAACAUCACCUGCCGUGUCCUGUCCAGACCCCGCGUGGAUGCUCUUCCUCAAAUAUACCGUACUCUCGGCCAAGACUUCGAUGAGCGGGUGUUGCCGUCCAUUGUCAACGAGGUGUUGAAGAGUGUGGUGGCCCAGUUCAACGCCAGUCAGCUUAUCACUCAGCGUGAGAACGUUGCCCGUCUUGUCCGGGAUAACCUUGCCCGUCGGGCUGCUCGCUUCAACAUCGCCCUGGACGAUGUCUCCCUAACGCACCUUACCUUCUCCCCCGAAUUCACCGCCGCCGUCGAGGCCAAGCAAGUUGCCCAGCAGGAAGCUCAGCGGGCUGCGUUCCUGGUUGAUAAGGCUCGUCAAGAGAAGCAAGCCUUCAUCGUCCGCGCUCAGGGUGAGGCCCGCUCCGCUGAGCUGAUCGGUGAUGCCAUCAAGAAGAGCAAGAGCUACAUUGAGCUGCGUAAGAUUGAGAACGCCCGACACAUCGCUCAGAUCCUGGGUGAGCACAGCGGCAAGAACAAGUUGUACUUGGACUCGCAGGGUCUGGGCCUGAACGUGAAUGCAGGCGGGGAGGAUAAGCAGUAAGGGCCAGAGAUGCAUGGACCGGUGGUAGGCGAUCGAUCGGAUUUGUUUUGACUCUAAUGGGUUUGUUUCUUAUAACGAGGGCCUUGGCGCUAUUCUAGGUUGCGCGCGGUCAAGGAGAUGCGGGGGGGACGUUUUUUGUACAAAUAGUCAGUUAUUUGCAGGAUUCUCAGAGCAACCAGGCGAAC